AAUCCGCCACGCAUGCGCAGUGUGCUGUGGAAGCCAUGUUGGAGUUACGGUGGAUUCGGGCUGGGAAUUUUUGACGCUGUACGUUUUUCUUAAAAUAUCAACUUUACAUACUUCAUAAGGGUUCGUCAGCCGCGCAAAGUUGGAAAAGAUGAACUCCAGUGUCGACCUGUCGCGGCGGAAUCCGCAGGAAGAUUUCGAGCUGAUUCAGCGGAUAGGAAGCGGCACAUACGGAGAUGUGUACAAGGCUCGUAAUGUAAACACAGGAGAGCUGGCUGCUAUCAAAGUCAUCAAACUGGAACCGGGUGAGGACUUUGCUGUCGUGCAGCAGGAGAUCUUAAUGAUGAAAGACUGUAAACACUCCAACAUCGUAGCCUACUUUGGCAGUUAUCUCCGGAGAGAUAAGUUAUGGAUCAGCAUGGAGUACUGUGGAGGAGGUUCUCUGCAGGAUAUUUAUCAUGUAACCGGGCCCUUAUCUGAGUCACAGAUAGCCUACAUGUCACGAGAGACUCUGCAGGGUUUAUACUACCUACACAAUAAAGGCAAAAUGCACAGAGACAUCAAGGGAGCCAACAUCCUCCUGACAGACAGCGGCUAUGUUAAACUAGCUGAUUUUGGCGUAUCAGCCCAGAUUUCAGCGACACUCGCUAAAAGGAAGUCAUUCAUUGGAACACCUUAUUGGAUGGCUCCAGAGGUGGCAGCAGUUGAGAGGAAAGGAGGCUACAAUCAGCUGUGUGAUAUCUGGGCGGUGGGUAUCACUGCAAUCGAGCUGGCAGAACUCCAGCCGCCCAUGUUUGACCUGCACCCCAUGAGAGCUCUGUUCCUGAUGACCAAGGGUAACUUCCAACCCCCGAAGUUAAAAGAUAAAAUCAAAUGGACAAGUAAUUUCCACCAUUUUGUCAAACUGGCCCUGACCAAGAACCCAAAGAGGAGACCUACAGCUGAAAAGCUACUGCAGCACCCGUUUGUGUCCCAGCCUCUAAGCAGGACCCUGGCAAUCGAGCUGCUGGACAAAGCCAGCAACCCCGAGCACAGCACAUACAACGACUUUGAUGACGAUGACCCAGAACCUGAGUCUCCAGUCUCGGUUCCUCAUCGCAUCCGUUCCACCAGCAGGAGCACCAGAGAUGGAAAGACCCUGUCUGAGAUUAACAUUGGACAGGUGAAGUUCGAUCGUCUUUUGAGGAAGGAGACAGAGCCGCAUCAUGAGCCAUGUGAUUCUGAGCCCUAUCUGGACUGUGUUGAGGAGCUCUACUAUACCGCGAGAUCUAAUCUGGACUUGCAGCUGGAUUAUAGCCCUGAUUCACCAAACCUGCUGGGAGAAAACAAGAGCCUCCUUAAAUCUGUGGAGGAGGAGCUUCAGCAGAGGGGCCAUGUGGCACACUUAGGGGAUGAUGAGGAUGAUGAUGAUGGUGCAGAUGAUGAUGAAACUCACACUCAUAAAUCAAGUACUAUCAAAAGGCCCAAGGACCCGCCCCCUCUCCCUCCUAAGCCGAAAUCCCUCAGCUCAUCCAAACCGCCUCAACAGAAGCCGGAUGAUAGUCAUUCACACCACGAGGACGACAGCGGAGGAGGAGGUACCAUCAAACGUUGUCCAGUUCCAGAGACGGCGAGCCCCGCCAAGCCUGCCUCUAACGUCCCCCCAAGGCCUCCACCCCCGAAGCUGCCGCCCCACCGCCGCAGUAGCCUAGGUAACGACAGCCCGCAGCACAAAGACGUGGAACACUCUGCUCCAGAGGAUGAUGAUGGGAGCUUUAGGCAUUUCUGGGAGUGGCUCCAUACGCCUCACACAGAGGAGGAGCUGGAGGAGGCGUGGGAGGUGCUGAAGGAGGUGAAAGAGGAGCAGGAGAAGGAAGAGAGUAAUGGGCUGAACUCUCCCCAAAAUGGUGAGAGGGAAAGUCCGGGAGAGAGGCAGUCCACCAUGCCUCCUAGUGUCCCCACGCGGAAGGAGAAGAAGGACGUUCCGAAGCCCAUGAGCAACGGUCUCCCUCCGACCCCCAAAGUCCAUAUGGGUGCCUGUUUUUCCAAGGUCUUCAACGGCUGUCCACUAAAGGUCCACUGUGCCACUUCCUGGAUCAACCCUGACACCAGAGAUCAGUAUUUGAUAUUUGGAGCUGAAGAAGGAAUCUACACACUAAACCUGAAUGAGCUUCAUGAGACGACGAUGGAACAGCUCUUUCCUCGGAGAUGUACGUGGCUCUAUGUCAUGAACAACUGUCUUCUUUCUAUAUCUGGAAAAGCCUCCCAGCUGUACUCCCACAGUCUGAGUGGUCUCUUUGAACAGGCUCGACAGUUACAGAAGCUACCGGUAGCCAUUCCCACACACAAGCUGCCUGAUAAGAUAAUUCCAAGGAAGUUUGCUGUUUCCAAUAAGAUUCCGGACACUAAAGGGUGCCAAAAGUGUUGCGUUGUGCGUAACCCCUACACAGGCCAUAAAUACCUGUGUGGAGCCUUUCAGUCUAGUGUCAUGCUGCUGGAGUGGGUGGAGUCCAUGCAGAGGUUUAUGCUCAUUAAGACCAUCGAUUUCCCGUUGCCAUUUCCUCUGGAAGUCUUUGAGAUGCUGGUGGUCCCGGAGCACACCUACCCGCUGAUCUGUGUAGCGGUCAGCAAAGGAUCCGAACUCAGCCAAGUGGUGCGGUUCUGCACCGUCAACCCCAACGCUACCUCCUCUUGGUUCACAGAAACAGACGCACCGCAGACGUGUGUGAUCCACGUCACGCAGCUGGAGAGAGACACCAUCCUAGUCUGUCUCGACAGAUGUAUAAAAAUAGUGAAUCUCCAAGGUCGACUUAAGUCCAGCAGGAAGUUAUCAGCCGAGCUCACCUUCAACUUCCAGAUCGAAGGGAUAGUUUGUCUUCAGGACAGUGUCCUGGCCUUUUGGAGACACGGCAUGCAGGGACGAAGUUUCAAGACCAAUGAGAUCACUCAGGAGAUCUCUGACAACACACGCAUCUUCAGACUACUGGGGUCAGACAGACGUGCUGAUCGUAGACAUCCAGAGGCUGGGGACAAAUGUGGUCUCAAACUGCCCAGAGUGGUGGUGCUGGAAAGCCGGCCGACGGACAACCCUACAGCCAACAGCAACCUCUACAUCCUGGCGGGACAUGAGAACAGCUACUGAAUCCCACUUCGCCACCGUCAAAUAGACACCUCAACACUAAUGCAGACAAGGGACUCUUCCAUCCCCUCACCUUCACCCACCCCCGCCCAGUCUGCUGGCAUCACCCAGAGAUGAGCGAGGAGUUUGCAGGUGCAGAUAUAGUUCACUCUUGGAGUUCCACCUGGAUGUGUGUUGGUAACCUGUGAGUUGUGUUAGAACAGGCUGGCUUGUGUUAGUUUGUGACAAAAGAGAAACUAAACCUUUCCAGAUACCUUCCCACCUCCUCAUGUAGACUGUACUCGCGGGGUAAAAAGCAUAGAGCAAGUCGAUCUAGUCAACACUAUAAUAACUCUAGAUAUAAUACUACUGCUUCUUGUGCUAAAGCUUCACAGAAGGGGCAUCAUGCAAGAAAACCCCACCCUUCCUUUGUAUUCUCUUCCUGUUUUGUUUUUCAAAACUUCCCUUUAUUUAUUGUGGCAUGAUGUAACUAAUAACCAGGGUGGCUGUUCUGAGCUGUUGUUUAUUUCUUUUAAAAAGAACAAAAAAAUUACUAACAAUCGUUGCCACUUUUUGCUGCCAUUCAGUUCCCGAACCCAUCACUACACCACACAAGUGCUUAAUCAGCCUCUAUUUAAUUUUUGUAAAUAUGAAUGUAUUUUUUCCUGACAGAGACAAACACUAAAACAUCCAAUGGUGUAGAUAGGUGUGUUAUAUUUGCUCUGUAAAGCCGUGGAGACAGAACGGGUGUAAAGGAGGACUGGGACAGUAAAACAGGAAGUUGUUUUCAUCCCGCAUGCAUCCUCUCUUCCUGCUCGUUUUCACAUCAACCUGCAGACCGGCGGAGUUAUUUUUAAAUCUUUUUUUUUCUUCUUUUUUUAAUGUUUUAAACAGAUUUUUUGUUUUAAUGCUUUUUUUAUUUGUAUUAAACCACUGGUGUUUAAAAUUUGCACAGAGAGAAAUGUAUUUCAUAAACAAAUGUGAUGCCAUUAUAAUAUAUGACCAUGUGUGUAUGCACAGUUUAUGACCAUGUGUGUGAGUGUGUGUGCGCAUGUGCAUGUAGACGUCGAGUACACACUUAAAAGUGCAUUCUGUACAGAUCUGGUCUCGACCCGGCUGACACUACUUUACUGGACCAACAGCAGAAAUGGAAAAAUUAGAAAGAGUUGGAUCUACGCAGAAAUAAUAGAGUUAGCUAAUUAAACAGUGAAUUUAAGUAAAAACAAGUCAAGAACUAAAUGUUUUCUUUUAUUAAACAUGUUUGUUUUUUUGUGCAAGUUUUAAAAAAUGCCAUGACUUAUUUUAAAGUUUUACUGUCAGCUAUUAGAAAUGGAUUUUAUCUAGUACCAAACUGUUUUUGAUGUUCUACUUUAAACUUGCACUCAGUCAAAAGCCAAACUGUAGCUUAGCUUAUUAUUUCUGUGUCAUUUCUAGCACUUUUAUUUACUCAGAUAAUAAUUGGGAAAGUUUGCAUCAUCCGCCAUCUUUGCUGGGAAGACUGAUUUCUGUAAAAGAGAUCAGAUUUAUCUGCAUGUACGUUUAGAGCAUUGACAUAUAUAUGUAUGUAUAUAUAUAUAUAUAUGUAUAUGUAUAUAUAUAUGUAUAUGUGUAUAUAUAUAUGCAGGAGCGUGGCUGUGACUGUACACUACCCAUCCUCACUAGCUGUGACUCUACGAGUCACUUCCGAGGACCGAUGACACAAGAUUAGCUGAGAUAACGUCUCCAAAGCUUAAAAAAACAUCUCCCAGACGGGAAAUGUUUAUAUUUGAAAUUCUUCUUUUCUUUAAACACGCGUGAGCUGGAAUAACAAUGCCAGUGAGGUGAAACAUUCAGAAAAAUCUACUUCAUCCAAUUUAAAUCUACCAUUAUUCAGGAACAUCAGCACCACCUAGUGGUGCUAUCGGGUUCUUCUCCUAAAAUAGAUUAUAGUCUUAAUUUUUCUAAAUCUAAUAAAUAAAAAACAAACUAUAAAUCUUGUCCAUAAAUACAGAUUGGAGUAACAUUAAGAGCAAAUAAAUGAAUAAUAAGAAAAUAAAUGACACAAUCUCUAUUUUUCAGCAGAAUUUUUUUGAUUUUAAUAAUUUUCUGCGAAUGAAACAAAAGUAAUAAUCAUAAAUUAGCAUCUCUUUAUUUUUGGGCUCAUUUUCUAUUAAAAUUUUUCUUUCUUUUUUACGUAAUAAAAUAUCUUUAAGGCCAUAGAUUUAUCUUCCUGUAACACACCUCAAAUAUUUAAAAUACUAUGAAAUAUUCAGUUAUGUAUAAAUGGAGAUUUCCUCUCAAAUAUUUUUUUUCCCAUUAUUUUUAGUUGCUUUAAACUGAUUUUAAGUUUUAACCUUUAAAAAGUUCUCAGUUAAACAUCUUACUCUCCUUCACAUGGCUGAAAUAAACCUUUUACGCCAUCAUCGACUGAUUUUUAUUUACAGUUUAUGAUUACAUGUGCUGCUCCUUCUCUAAAGUGCUGGAAGCCGGUACUGACACCACACCGCUUUGCUGGAAUCUUCAUGUUCUGCAUCGUAAUCUUAACCUGAGUCAAAUAAGCCACUUUUAGGGUGUUUAGGGUACUGGGUGUGUGAGUUUUCUGGAUCGUUGUGUUGGGAUUAGCUCACGUGUCCGUGGAGAUCAGUGUUAAAUACUUCAAAGUUCUUUUUGAGCCACGUCUCCUCCUGAUCAUGUGUAAAAACACAGCUGGUGGUAUCUCUCUUGUUGCUAUUACAUCACUUUUAUCUUUUUUUUUUUUGUUUUCACCAUGCCAUGCAGGCGUUCUAAAGUGUAAAUAAUGUAAAUUAAAAUGGGUUUGUUUUACAUACUGUAUAAUUGCCUAUAUUUUGUUUCAGAAAUGUAACAGAUUUACGAGAUGACAGGUUAACACAUUAAAAAGAAGGAACCGAA